GCAUGGUCUACACGCAGGAGGCCCGAGUUUGAUCCCAGGGAGCGGGCCCCAAGCCAUGCAGUGUGAGUAGCCUCAAACUCCACUGCAUGUGACCCCCAAACAGACCCCCCAAAAGGAAUACCAGUAGAAAUUAACUGCACUCUUGGCUUUGACUUCACCUCCAUUAGGUCUGAGUUCCUGUCCCUCGUGCUCCUGGGGGGAAUGGGUUAAACUUUAGCUCGGCCUCCUUUUUCCUUCUUCGUGUCUUCCUGUGGCUGCUUCCCACUGCCCCAAAGGAAGCAGCCCUAUCCGCUACUGCUCAGCCCAGCGCCUGCACUUCCAUGGCCCUCACCUCGUGGUGACAGUGGGGACUUGUCCCUGGACACGAGAGAAGCUACCUUGCUUUCUCCAGGAGGAGUUAUCCCUCACUUCUCCAGCUGAACAUUUCCCAGCAGUAAAGCCAUGCAUGCACAUCUCUGCACUUGCCUCUUUCUGUGCGUCUGGCGAGUUGGCUUUAGUGCCACCAGGAAACACUAUCUGGGAGCCGUGCCCAUGCUCUGGGACUACACGCACAGCGAGCUUCUCGGAGAGCUGCAGGUGGUGUCGAGGUUCGCCCCUGGUGAGCCAAGAUCUUUUCCAGUCAACACCUCAGCCCUGUACCCCAAAACUGUGUUUGUGGAGUUCACGGAUCACCUGUUCAACAUCGUCAAGCCCAGGCCACCCUGGAUGGGUCUGUUGGGUCCUACCAUCUGGGCAGAGGUUUACGAUACAGUGAUCAUUACACUUAAGAAUAUGGCUUCUCAUCCCGUUAGUCUUCAUGCUGUUGGUGUGUCCUACUGGAAAGCUUCUGAAGGUGCUGAAUAUGAGGAUCAGACCAGCCAAAAGGAGAAGGAAGAUGAUCAUGUCAGGCCUGGUGAAAGUCAUACCUAUGUGUGGCAGGUCCUGAAAGAGAAUGGCCCAAUGGCCUCUGAUCCUCCAUGUCUCACUUACUCAUAUUUUUCUCACGUGAACCUGGUGAAAGACAUAAAUUCAGGCCUUAUCGGAGCUCUGCUGGUUUGUAAAGAAGGGACCCUGUCAGAAGAAAGGAUGCAGCCUUUGCACCAAUUUGUACUGCUUUUUGCUGUAUUUGAUGAAGGGAAAAGCUGGUAUGCAGAAACCAAUGGCUCCUUGGCACAGGAUGUUGCUGCAGCGAGGGCCCACUCUCAAAUGCACACAGUCAACGGCUAUGCCCACAGGACUCUGCCAGGUCUGACGGGAUGCCACAAGAGAUCAGUCUACUGGCAUGUGAUUGGGAUGGGAACUACCCCUGAAGUGCACUCAAUCUUUUUGGAAGGGCACACAUUUCUUGUGAGGAACCAUCGUCAGGUCUCUUUGGAGAUCUCACCAAUAACUUUCCUGACUGCCCAGACGGUCCUCAUGGACCUUGGCCAGUUCCUGCUGUUUUGUCAGAUAUCUUCACACCAACAUGAAGGCAUGGAAGCUUAUGUCAGUGUGGAGAGCUGCCCGGAGGAGCCCCAAGUGAGGAAGAACAACAAUGACAGAGAGGAAGUCUAUGAUGAUGACCUGGACGAUGAUGACCUGGACGUGGUCAGCUUUGAUGACGACCACGCCUCCCCCUUUCUCCAGGUGCGCUCAGUUGCCAAGAAGCACCCAAAGACUUGGAUUCACUACAUAGCAGCGGAGGAGGGUGACUGGGAUUAUGCCCCCUCGAACGUCGCACCCAGUGACAGAAGUUAUGAAAGUCUAUAUUUGAACAAUGGGCCCCAGCGGAUUGGUAAGAAAUACAAAAAGGUCCGAUUUAUGGCGUACUCAGAUGAAACAUUCAAGACCCGCAAAGCUACUCAGGAUGAAUCGGGAAUCUUGGGACCUUUGCUUUAUGGAGAAGUUGGAGACACACUUUUGAUUGUAUUUAAGAAUGGAGCUAGUCGACCAUACAAUAUUGUCCCUCACGGAAUCACAGUGGUUGGACCUCUGCAUGCAGGGAGACUGCCAAAAGGUGUGAGCCAUGUGAAAGAUCUGCCCAUCUUGCCUGGAGAGAUCUUCAAGUACAAAUGGAUGGUGACCCUAGCAGAUGGGCCCACCAAAUCAGACCCCCGCUGCCUGACUCGCUACUACGUCAGUGUUGUGGACCAGGAGAGAGACCUAGCUUCGGGCCUCAUUGGCCCUCUCCUCAUCUGUUCCAAAGAAUCUGUGGAUCAAAGAGGAAACCAGAUGAUGUCAGACAAGAGAAAUGUCAUCCUGUUUUCUGUGUUUGACGAGAACCGAAGCUGGUACCUUGCAGAGAAUAUGCGGCGCUUCCUCCCCAACGCAGAUAGUGCACAGCCACAGGACCCAGACUUCCAGGCGUCCAAUGUCAUGCACAGCAUAAAUGGUUACAUGUUUGAUAACUUACAACUGUCAGUCUGCCUGCACGAGGUGGCAUACUGGUACAUUCUCAGUGUUGGUGCACAGACUGCCUUCCUCUCCGUCUUCUUCUCUGGUUACACCUUCAAACACAAGAUGGUCUAUGAGGACACACUCACGCUGUUUCCAUUCUCAGGAGAAACUGUCUUCAUGUCAAUGGAAAAUCCAGGUGUCUGGGUGCUGGGGUGCCACAACUCAGACUUUCGGAACAGAGGCAUGACAGCCUUACUGAAGGUUUCUAGUUGUGACGGGAACACUGAUGAUUAUUAUGAAGACACAUAUGAAGAUAUUUCAACGUUCUUAGUGGAUGACAAUGAUGUCAUUGAACCCAGAAGCUUUUCCCAGAAUUCAAGGUACCCUAGUAAUAGUCACAAGCAAUUUAAAUCCAGCACAAUUCCAGAAAACGACCUAGAGAAGCUUGACCACCAAUCUGGAGAGAGAACACAGCUGCUUAAAUCACAGAAUGUCUCAUCCAGUGAUUUGCUGAUGAUCUUGGAACAUCCUACUCCUCCUGGAUUAUCCUUCUCUGAUCUCCAAGAAGCCACAUCUGUGGCUUCAGACCAUUUACCCAGAACAAUAAAGUGUAACAGUUCCCAGUUUUCAGCACCAUGCCUUCAAACAGAAUUUCAUCUCAGUACAGACAGAGUCUUUACUGAGCCAGAACUUCCAUUAAGAUUGAAUGAGAAUCUGGGCACAACAAUAUCAGUGCAGUUGAAGAAACUUGAUUUAAGCACUUCUAAUUUAUCAAAUAAUCUAAUAGCUUCCCCGCAAAUUUCAUCAGGCACAUUGGCAACAAAUCUCGAAAAGGAAAGCAGUUCCUUAGGUCCCCCAAAGAUGCCAGUACACCUUAGUAGUCAAUCAAACACCUCUGGACUUGUCAGAAAGUCAUCUCGUCCUAUUGGAUCCAAUGUAUCUUUCGGCUUGGGUCAAGGAGAUAAUAAUCCCAAAUUUUUAGAAGCAGCUUUAAUGAACAGUCAAGAAAGAUCAGUGGGUGGAAAUGUCUUACCAACAGAGAGAAAUGGGCUACUUGAAAACAGAAGAGGUAUCGGACCGGCUUCAUUGACUAAAGCUGAUACUUUAUUCAAUGCUAAUAUCUCUUUGAUAAAGACAUACAAGACACUAAAAAACUCAACAGCUAAUGGAAAGUCUUACAUUGAUGAACCAAUAUUAUUAACUGAGAAUAAAACAUCAGUCUGGCAAGAUAUAUUAACAAAUAAUACUGAGUUUCAAAAAGGGACUUCUUUGAUUCAUAAUGAAACAUUUAUGAACAAAGACACCACAGGUUUGAGGUUAACUCCUGUGUCAAAUGAAAGUUCUUCCUCAAAAAGUAUGGAAAUGGUUCUGCAAGAAAAAGAGGGUCAUGUACCACAAGGUGAAGAAAAUUUGUUUGUCAAGAUGCUCUUCUUUCAAGGGUCAGAAAAUGAAAUGAAAAGGACUACUGACAGAAGUUUUCUGAGCUCUGGGCAAAGACCUGGUCCUAAGCACUCAACAUCUAUAGGAUCAGAACUAUUUGUACAAGGUCAUAAUUUCCAGUCAGAAAAGAGUAAUGCAAUAGGGACAGAGGAUGAACUUACAAAGGAUACAGGAUUCAAAGAAAUGACUCUUCCACGUAGCAGGGACAUAUUUAUUGGUAAUUUGGAAAAUGUCCAAGAAAAUGAUCCACAGAAUCAAAGAAAAAAAUCUCAGGAAGACACAGAAAAAAAGGCACCUUUAGUCCAAGAAACUUCUGUUUCACCUUUGAUGAAUAAUGUGACUCAUACUAACAAUUUCCUGAAAGCCCCUUUCUUACCAAGCUCAAGGCCAAAUAUAGGAGGUGUAAGUGAAGGGACAUAUAUCCCCCUACUUCAUGACCCCAGGGCAUCAAUUGAUUCGACCAGUACAGCAGGGUAUAACAUAGACUGGAUCUCCAAAGCAAAGGGGGAAGUGAACUUGGAAGACAUAGGAAAAGAAACAAAGCAAAUGGUAGAAGAGUAUCCAGGCACCACAAGGAUGUCCCCUAUUCUAACUCAGGAGAAUGCCACCAUUCAGCGUGGUAAGCGAGCUUUGCAACAACUCAGACUCCCACUAGGAGAAAAAGAAUUUGAAAGGGGGACAAUAAUAAACGACACCUCAACCCAGUGGCCUCAAAACUUGACGUCUUUGACCCCAGACUCCUUCAAACAAACAGAGUACAAAAAGAAAAAUAAAAGAGGCGUUAUUCGGUCCCUCUUCACAAACUAUUUGGUGAGAAGUAGUGGCAUCAUCCAAACAAAUGAGUCGGUGUUACCUGUUGCAAAGAUAUUGGUCCCUCCAUCAAUUAGACCUACAGAUCUGAGUAGGAUGCCAUCCCUGGACAAUUCUUCUCAACUGCUAGCAACAGCCUGCACUUAUACUUUUAGAGAGAGGAGUCCUGAGAUCCAAGAACACAGUCAUUUCUUACAAGUAGAUAAAAAAGAUAACUGCUCUUUACUCAUGCUAAAAUUGGAGAUGAUCAGAGGUCAAAGAAAAGUCAGCUCCUCGAGAAAAAGUGACAUGAGUUCAGUCACAUACAAGAAAUCUGAGAAUACACGUCUCUUGAAACCAGGAAUGUCUGAGAUAUCUGACCAAGGUGAAUUGCUGCCUGAAGCUCACAGUCAUCAGGAAGAUUCUUUCCCUACAGAAGCUAUAAGUGGUUUUCCUGACCACCAGAAUAUCAUGAAAGAACUUUUCCUUCAGAAAACACAGGGGCCUGAGAAACCAAAUAAAGUAAAUAGACCUGAAAAAAUUCCCUCUCUGAAAUGGGUCACAAAAAACUUUAGAAAUACCCCCUCUGAACGGCUGGAUCCCUUGGUUUGGGAUGACCAGUAUGCUACCCAGACACAAACAGAAGCAUGGGAAUCCCACGUGUUACCACGAAAAAAUAUAGCUUUUAAGACAAAGUACCCCAUUUUGACCCUGGAUCCUUGGAAAGACAGGGAUUCAAUAGCAGCAGAAAGUGAAAGACAAGACAAGCUCCAGAGAGAAGCCAACUGGGCAAAGUCAGGAGGGACUGGAAGACUGUACUUUCAAAACCCGUCUAAACGCCACACCAGGGAAAUAACAAUCCCUACUCUUCCACCAGAGGAAGAAAAUGCAGACUAUGAUGAUGCCAUCCCAGCUGAAAACAAGAGUGAAGACUUUGACAUAUAUGGUGACGAAAAUCAAGGCCCACGCAGCUUCGAAAAGAGAACCCGGCACUAUUUUAUUGCUGCAGUGGAACGGCUCUGGGAUUAUGGGAGGAAUAGAUCACCCUAUUCAGCAAGAAACAGAGUUCAGAGUGAAGGCAUCCUCCAGUUCAAAAAGGUGGUUUUUCAGGAAUUUGCUGAUGACUCCUUUACUCGGCCCUUGUACCGUGGAGAACUAAACGAACACUUGGGACUCUUGGGGCCGUACAUACGAGCAGAAGUUGAAGACAAUAUCAUGGUAACUUUCAAAAACAAGGCUUCUCGUCCCUACUCCUUCUAUUCUAGUCUCAUUUCCUAUGAGGAAGAUCAGCAGCAAGGAGCUGAACCUAGGAAAAAGUUUGUCAAGCCCAAUGAGACCAAAACUUACUUUUGGAAAGUGCAGCAUCAUAUGGCACCCACUAAGGAUGAGUUUGACUGCAAAGCCUGGCCCUAUUUUUCAGAUGUUGAUCUGGAGAAAGACGUGCACUCGGGUUUGAUCGGGCCCCUUCUGAUCUGCCGUGAAAACACUCUGAGCCCUAGUCGUCAGAGACAAGAGACUGUGCAGGAAUUUGCUCUGUUGUUUACCAUUUUUGAUGAGACCAAGAGCUGGUACUUCACUGAGAACAUGGAAAGGAACUGCAGAGCACCAUGCAAUAUACAGAUGGAAGACCCACAUUUCAGAGAGAACUAUCGCUUUCAUGCAAUCAAUGGCUAUGUGAUGGAUUCACUCCCUGGCUUAGUCAUGGCUCAGGGUCAAAGGAUCCGGUGGUACCUGUUGAGCAUGGGAAGCAAUGAGAACACACAUUCUAUUCACUUCAGUGGGCAGGUGUUCACUGUGCGGAAGAAGGAGGAGUACAAAAUGGCAGUGUACAAUCUCUACCCAGGCAUCUUUGAAACUGUGGAAAUGCUACCUUCCAAAGUUGGAAUUUGGCGGAUAGAAUGCCUUAUUGGGGAGCACCUUCAAGCUGGGAUGAGCACCCUUUUCUUGGUGUACAGCAAAGAGUGUCAGGCUCCCUUGGGAAUGGCUUCUGGGCGCAUUAAAGAUUUCCAGAUUACAGCAUCAGGACAGUUUGGAGAAUGGGCCCCCAAACUGGCCAGACUCCAUUAUUCCGGAUCAGUCAAUGCCUGGAGCACCAAGGAUCCCUUCUCCUGGAUCAAGGUGGACCUCUUGGCACCAAUGAUUAUUCACAGCAUCAUGACUCAAGGUGCCCGUCAGAAGUUCUCCAGUCUCUACGUCUCACAAUUUAUCGUCAUGUAUAGUCUGGAUGGGAAUAAGUGGCAGAGUUAUCGAGGAAAUUCUACUGGAACCUUAAUGGUCUUUUUUGGUAACGUAGAUGCCUCUGGGAUAAGGCAGAAUAUUUUCAGUCCUCCAAUAAUUGCUAGAUAUAUUCGUUUGCACCCAACACAUUUUAGCAUCCGCAGCACUCUUCGCAUGGAGUUGAUGGGCUGUGAUUUAAACAGUUGCAGCAUGCCUCUGGGAAUGGAGAAUAAAGCCAUAUCGGAUGCUCAGAUCACUGCCUCAUCCUACUUGAAUAAUAUGUUUGCCACCUGGUCUCCCUCACAAGCCCGACUUUACCUCCAGGGUAGGACCAAUGCCUGGAGACCCCAGGUGAAUAAUCUAAACCAGUGGUUACAAGUGGACUUCCAGAAGACAAUGAAAGUCACAGGAAUAACCACCCAAGGAGUGAAAUCUCUUCUUACCAGCAUGUAUGUGAAAGAGUUUCUUCUUUCCAGCAGUCAGGAUGGCCAUAAUUGGACUCCGUUUCUUCAGAAUGGCAAAGUGAAGGUUUUUCAGGGCAAUGACGACGCCACCACGGCCGUGGUGAACUCUCUGGACCCGCCACUCCUGACCCGCUUCCUCCGGGUGCACCCUCAGAACUGGGCCCAGCACAUCGCUCUGAGGCUUGAGCUGCUGGGCUGUGCUGCCGCCUAGCAGAAACCGCCGAGUCCCAAGUGAAUGGUCCGGAAGUGCACACGCACGGGUCCUUCCCGCCUGUGGACCUAGGGGCAGGCAGUUCCUCGGCCCCCGCCGCCACCCCAGCGGAAGCCAGGCGCGCCAGUGGGCAGAGGAGGUUCAGGAUGUACGCACUUCGAAUUAGGCUUCAGACACUGCCAGGAAAAGUAUCCCUGAUCUGUUAUUGUGGUCCAGCGUUGGACCACACAGCUGCAGGGACCCUCUUACCAUGCCUCACAGGCCAAACCUGGCCAUUGUGACCAUCUGCUAAGUAGAGAUAAGAACUGCCCUGUGACCUCUGAUUCUUGCUUCCUUAUGCAUACGUAUGUCUCUCCUUUAGUUCUCUGGGGGCAGGUGAGUGGCAUACUCUGACCUCAAAAGAUGUGUGCUCAUACGAGUAAUUCAAGACACCCACACCCAGGCCUCUGAAAUUACAUGCAAUCUCAUUGAUGCCUAUUUAUUUCUCUCUCACAGUAGUCCCGAGAGUCAGUCACAUUUGGAAAAGGCCCUGGUUCCUUUCAAAUCCUAUCCCCUCCCCUGCAAAAAUAAAUGUUUCGAUAAACACCCUGCUGUAAUGCAAAUCAGCAAGCAAAUAAAAGGUUAGGAUCCUAGAAGUAUUGGAAACUUUAGUACAAAGUGAUAAUGUCCCCUUAAAAUGUGUGGUGGCUGAGAAAAUAAGCAAUCAUAACGUGCCUCCAAAGCUCAUCAUUUUAAUAUUCCUGCAGAAAUAUGAGGAAAGUUCUGACUGGCUGGGAUAGGAGAGAGAACAUUAUCAUUCAAACAAGGCCUCAUUUUACUCACUCGGCUAAUUCCUUGCUGAACCACAGCUAAAGGAUAUGGGGUGAAAUUCUAUUCCUUGUCCCAGUUACACAGCUGAACCAUCAAGGAAUCAAGAGAAAGUGAACAUGGGAAAGCAGAGGCCUCUAGGCCCAUUUCCGGCAAACAAUAGGAAGCCGGCCCCCUGCCCCCAAGGCCCUGGCUAUUGUCAGGGGCUACUGCUUCUGACUCUUUAACAAACUGCCAAGGCAGUUUAACAAACAAGACCAGGAUAUGCCAGGGAGUCAGGGAGGAAGCAUCCAAAGUUUACAACCCGCAUUGGAUAACUGGUAUUCUUACCCUAAGAAAACUACCAGCAUCUCAGAGAAACCAACAUAACAGUUGCAUUUGUUUUUCCCAUUUGUCUUCAAAUCCUGCUUGACCCUAAUCUGACCUGGGGGGGAGGGGCAAUUAGAAAGUAUUCUCGGGAUAUUCCUAAUCUCUACCUGAUGGUUUAUAGAUCUGUUAAAUUCUGUGAGUUUAGGAACCAAGUUACAGAAACCUUUCCAUUGUUUUGCCUUAUAGCCUGGUAGACAAGUUAACACCAAAGACAACAUGAUUUUCUUUGCGGUAAAAAGUUGCCCAGCCUUACGCUUCAUAAUGGUAUUUAUCAUGCUCUUCCAGUGACUGCCUGCAUCUUUCUUUCUGCUGUGUUCUGGGAAUGUAUCCUUUUGUCUUACUGAUGAUUUCCUCAAUAGUCACUUCAAUAAAACAUUGACAUAUGCAAACA